CGACAAGAAACAGCAACUACAAUAAACAUACAAUAUUUGCAAAUUAUUACCUUUUUGAUCUCUGUGAAGGCUGAAUCUACACCCUAUGUACUUUAUCGGAAUAUUAGAUUAGAUGUGGUGGUGUACCUGCUAAUUUGGGUAGUGAGCCAACAAGAUGCGCCACCUUUGGAGGUCCUUAGCCCAGUGCGUUUCAAUAAAAGAACAUAAAAACAAACUCGUCCAAUUUCAUCAAACUUAGGUGUCGGAUAAUUUUUUUUUCACUUUUCAAUCAAUAUAUAAACAAAUGUUCUCAUUUUUUGUUUUCCUUAUGAGUGAAGAAAUGAAGUAAUAUGCAUCCUUUCUGCAUCCAUCAAAUAAUCUGAUUGGGAUAGGCCAUCCUAUGGUGAAGUGGGAGAGAUGGAUGAGUAACAGUAUACUGUAGUGCGUGUCCAUGUUAGGCGGGGGGGUUGGGUUUUUUUGUGAUUAGCUUGGAGCUGAUCCCUUGGGAGCAGAUGGUGAAUGGUGGCUUACCUUAGACGCCUGGAGUCUGAGGAGAUAGUUUGUACUGAGCAGGACUAUGUUGCUGUCUUGGAAGACCUUAACAAUUUCAUGAGACAGCAGGCCGCCCAUGGCAUCAUGCUCCUGCAAGACUUAUGGUUUGCUGUCAUAGUGCUGCUGCUCUGUGUCCACUCUCUGCAUGGCUCCCUUCUCUCUGCUGCAUCAUCUUAUGAGUUCACUGCCUACAGGAUGCAACAAUACAAUCUGGCAAAGCAGAAUCACGGUUGCCGUGGCGCCAUCGUGGUGGCAGAGGCCCGGUCCCCUGACGAACCAGUGCUGACCCGCCGCUGUGUCAUCAUGAAGGUUGCGGACUUCACCACCAAAACAUACACUGAGGCUCAGAGACAAAAUGCUGCUGCCAUUCUGAUUCUGCUCCCCAAAAAUAUGUCAAGUAUUUUACCCGAAGCAAUACAGUCCUUCAUGAUGAGCGAGAGUCAAGCCUUGAUGAAAGAGACUCUCAUGCCAGUAUAUGUGGCCCCUGAGGAUGAACAGAUGCUGUACAUGUAUGAAGAGGUGAAGAAGGCUGCAUCCGCACGGACUUCAUAUAUAUUCAUUCGAGUCUUUCGAAGUAUGGUAACAGCAACAGCCUUUCAGAUCUUAGUGAGCAACAAUGUCCCCAUCAAGGCCAUUACAGACACCACACUGGUCACACUCGAAGGAGUGCUUCCUGGAGCCGGUGAGGACAUACCGACUAUUGUGAUCACUGCCCACUAUGAUUCAUAUGGACUGGCACCGUGGUUGUCCUAUGGAGCCGACUCUAAUGGAAGCGGCGUCACCAUCUUGCUCGAAUUGGCACGUCUUUUCCAGCUGCUUUAUAGUAGCCCGAGCACCAGACCACGGUAUCAUUUAAUGUUCUCUCUCACUGGAGGAGGAAAACACAAUUUCAUAGGUACAAAGAAAUGGAUUGAAGAAAACCUGGACCAUGCUGAAUCAAGCCUCCUUCAUGACAAUGUGGCAUUUGUGUUGUGUUUGGAUACACUGGCCAAUGGUGAUGAGCUGUACAUGCAUGUGUCCCGCCCACCGAAAUCAGAUACUCCCAUGUACACAUUCAUUCAACAUUUGGACGAGGUGGUUUCCUCCAGAUUCCCAUGGAUGAAGACAGAACUGGUCCAUAAAAAGAUCAACCUCGUGGAAUCCACAGUCGCCUGGGAGCACGAGCGCUACAGCCUGCGCAGGAUACCAGCAUUCACUCUGUCUCACCUGGAAGACCCCAAAUCCGAGCUACGGGGCUCCUUGCUCGACACUGUUAGCCAAGUGGACUUAAAGAAAAUUAAGCGGAAUGGUAUUAUCAUUGCAGAGGCGCUGGCACGGUACAUGUACCAUUUAUCAGACAAGGUGAGGAAAAAGAGUUCACCAAAAGAUGUUCAGCUCUUCAAAGGCCGGUUGGACUUCCAUGACAGUCGAAUAUCCAGUCUCAUGUCCUUCCUGACUUCAGUCCCUCGGGCCACGCAGCUGAUGGAUAAAGAGCCUGCUCACAUCCUGCUUGUCAACUCGCUGGAGCAUGAAUUGAAACAUUACUUACAGCAAGUCCACAGGCACACUUUUAGACAGGACAAAAGGGACCCUGAUAUUACAUUUUUUGAUCAAAUGAGCCAGCCAGUAGUGAUGUACAGGGUGAAACCAGCUGCUUUUGAUCUCUUCCUGGGGGGCUGCAUCACAGCAUAUUUGGGCAUUGUUUACUACGCAGUCGAGAACUUUGACAAUGUCUACACAAAACUAAAGGCAGCAGUAAAACCCAAGCACCACUAAAAAGACCCAGACUAUUUCAGAAUCCGUUUUGACUUUACUGGCCAUGCACUGAAACGAUUCAACACAACACAAGGCAAUUGAGGAAAAAAGUGUAUUUAUUUUUUUUUUUACCUUGGACUUGUGUGAAAUGUUUCAAUCAUCAUUAUGAAAAAAAAGCAACAUUUUUUGUUUAUCCUUUUAACAGCUACAUAAUUUGCUGUAUUCAUACAUUACACAAACAAAUAAAGGGUCUGUUAGAGUCUUAUUUCAAUGCAUUCAAUAUAAUUUUUUGUUUUAUUAUUAUUCAAUGAGGCAUUAUUAUCAUCAAAAGAAAUAUACAAAUACCACUUCUCAUUGGAUUCUUAUUCAUAUUUAAUAAAUGCCAAAAUAUGAUAAAGUACUAAGUACUUACUUGUAUGUAGUGGACUACGUCUCCCAUGAUUCAGUGCGUGCGGACAAGGCGGAUUCGCAACAUGUCUUGAAACUUUUCUGUUUUUUUUUGUUUUUGUUUUUUUCUUUUCUUAAUGUGACUUCGAGUUGUGUGGCAAAGCAAGUCGAUCCUGGUUCGCUUCUUCAUGGUUCGGUAGGGAAAAAAUAUGAUUAUUUUGAAGCAUAUUAAUACGCUGGAAUUGUCGGUGUCUACUUGCAGGGGAUUUAAUGUUAUUUUGCUACCGUUAAGUUUGGCACAGUGCCCUCAAAACAUGCACACUCAAAUAACGACUGCGUGACUUACUGCGCUGAGAAGUCGUACAUGUGCUGUAUGUAUCGCUUUGUUCGCCAUCUGUGUCCUAUUUUAAUCAUGAUAAAAAAAGGGGUUUAAUUAUCUCGAUGACGUACGCGUAAUUGUCCACGUCCAGUGAUUUCUCUCAAGCUCGCGUUGUGACUCUAUCAGCAUGUUUUCAUGUGUUUAUUGUCACUGUCACAAUCGAUGGGAAUGCAGAUCUUGAUCUUUCUCACACAACAUGACUAAUAAAGAAGAGGACAAAUGUCCUUUGCCAAUGUCAGUGACUGACCAGAGGGAAUAAUAAUGACACCAAUGGCUAUGGAAAUAAUAUUCAGCAGCAAAAUGGAUCAUUUGAGUGCAAAAUAAUACCAGCAUGCAAAGAUAUGGCGAAGCACGUUAGUUUCAAGAGCUUCGUAAACCGAAGUUUGACAUAUGACUACUUUUGAGUAAUUGAAUCAUUGAUUGACAGAUUUUUGUUUGUUUGUUUGCUGAUUGAACAUUGAUUAUUGACAAUGUUGAGAAAUUGUGAUAGUGAACAAUGAAUAAUCAAUGAACCCCCGAAAAUGAUAACCCGAUGUGCAUUUAUUUACGCAUCAAAUGAGAUGUUUUCAAAACCGUACAGAUUCCUGCAAAAUAUACUCCAAAUGCCAUCGUAGGCAUGCCAUGUCAAUAAUUGGCAAUGUAAUCAUGCACAGUACAACACGACACUCGUGUACUAACUGCUUUUUCAAAAGGACAUUUAGGAUACCCUUUGUCAGCAUAUACACAUGGACAAAAUUGUUGGUGCGCUUCUGUUACAGAAAGAAAAAAAACUCACAAUGGUCACUGAAAUAACUCGAAACUGACAAAAGUACCAAUAAAUGGAACAUGAGUGAAAAAUAAUAAUGAAAUUAUUAUUAUUAUUAUUAUUUUUGUGAUCCAAGCAAAUACUUUGAAAUAAACUAGUCUGAUAACUGA